CGCAACUGGGGAGAAACAGAGGAGAAUCUCGACGGCUUUACCGUAGUUUGUUUCAGUUGAUCAUGACGGCGGACGUAGCCAUGACGUCGGCAGAUGACAGCGCUGGUCUCACCAGCUACUACGAGCAGAAGAUCGAGCACCUGGAGCUGACGGUGCGUGACGAGACGCAAAACCUGCGGCGUCUUCAGGCGCAGCGCAACGAGCUCAACUCAAAAGUCCGCUUGCUGCGUGAGGAGCUGCAACUGCUGCAGGAACCGGGCUCGUAUGUGGGCGAAGUAGUGAAGCAAAUGGGCAAGUCCAAGGUGCUCGUCAAGGUGAACCCAGAGGGCAAGUACGUGGUGGAUGUGGACAAGACCAUCGACAUUGCCAAGUGCACACCCAACACGCGCGUGGCGCUACGCAAUGACAGCUACGUGCUGCACAAGAUCCUGCCCACGAAGGUGGAUCCGCUGGUGAGCCUGAUGAAGGUGGAGAAGGUUCCCGACUCAACGUACGAUAUGAUCGGCGGUCUGGACAAGCAGAUCCGCGAGAUUAAGGAGGUUAUCGAGCUGCCUAUCAAGCACCCGGAGCUUUUCGACGCUCUGGGUGUGGCCCAGCCCAAGGGUGUGUUGCUGUACGGACCUCCUGGUACAGGCAAGACGCUGCUGGCUCGUGCUGUGGCUCACCACACGGACUGUACUUUCAUCCGUGUGUCGGGUGCAGAGCUGGUGCAGAAGUACAUCGGUGAAGGCUCGCGUAUGGUGCGCGAACUCUUCGUCAUGGCCCGCGAGGCUUCCCCGUCCAUUAUCUUUAUGGACGAAAUCGAUUCCAUUGGUAGUUCCCGUAUGGAAGGCGGCGGUGGCGACUCGGAAGUGCAGCGCACGAUGCUGGAGCUGCUGAACCAGCUGGACGGCUUCGAGCCUGCGCAGAAUAUCAAGGUCAUUAUGGCUACGAACCGUAUCGAUAUCCUGGACGCCGCGCUACUGCGUCCCGGGCGUAUUGACAGGAAGAUCGAGUUCCCGAACCCGACGGAAGGGUCGCGUAUUGAUAUCAUGCGCAUUCACUCGAGGAAGAUGAACUUGCUGCGUGGCAUUAACCUCAAGGUUAUCGCCGAGAAGAUGCCGACCUCUUCAGGUGCCGAGUGUAAGGCUGUGUGCACAGAAGCGGGUAUGUUUGCUCUGCGUGAGCGUCGGAUCCACGUGACGCAGGAAGACUUUGAGAUGGCCGUGUCCAAGGUCAUGAAGAAGGACUCGGAGCAGAACAUGUCGAUCAACAAGCUCUGGAAGUAAGCAGGCUAGCGGAGCGGUACUUUCCGAGAGGAUAGGGUGUUCCCGUUAGCAAAAAUCGAAUGAGCCUUUGAAUUGA